AUGGAGAAAGAAAAAGACAAUUCCAUUGCGUUUUUGGAUGUGAAAGUCAUUAGGAAAAUAAAUGGUACAUUAGGGCACACAGUAUAUAGGAAAAUAACGCACACUAACAGAUACCUACAUGCUACAUCGCACCACCACCCAGCGAAUUUAAGGUCUGUGGUUUCGACACUAGUUCAGCGCGCUCAUAGAAUUUGUGACGAAGAACACCUGACGGCUGAGCUAAAUUUGGUGGACAAUGUUCUCCAGGCGAAUGGAUAUUCGAAGAAACAAAGAACGUGGAAACCAAAGGUGUCACAGGAGAGGGAAGAAAGCAACCUGGACAAAAAAGCUUUCUUACCAUAUGUCAAGGGGGUGACAGAUAGAGUUGGCAAGGUAUUAAAAAGAUAUGGAGUAAAAUCCAUAUUUAUGCCACCAAAAAAGAUAAAAAACUAUCUCCAGUCACCAAAGGACCAAUUUCCUUUGCAAACACCAGGCGUGUAUGCUGUUCCUUGCAGCUGUGGGUCGUGUUACGUUGGACAAACACAAAGAAACAUUGCCACUCGCUUAAAAGAACACAUAAGUGCGGUUAGCAAAAGCCAACGGGAAAAAUCGGCAAUUUGCGAGCACUUAUUGGACAAUCCAGACGAACACCACUGGAUACACUUCGACCAAGCGAAGGUGUUAGCUCAAGAGUCGCACUACAUUCCACGACUGGUAUGCGAGGCGAUUGAAAUAAAACGCCACAAAAACUUCAAUCGGGACGAUAGUUUUAAACUUUCGCGUUCAUGGGAUACCGUCAUCAACACCUCACGGUCAUCCCAAGUUGAAGUGAUAACACCCCGUGAUGUAGUGAGCAUUGUUUGCUCCCAACAAAUUCAAACUCAAGAAGAACCCCAACAACAACAACAACAACCAGAGUUAGAACGGCUUACACACAAAUACAACUUGCGGAGCCGAUUUAACCAACUUUAA